AUGUCGACUCCAACCCCAGGAGGGUUCUCGCUAUUCCCGAACCCAAACUCAUCCAAGCCGCCACCUGUUUCACGCAACCAAACCCCUCGACCUCGUCGCUCAGAGUCCCAUGAGCGCAGAGCUCCUACGCCCAGCGAUCGACGCGCUGCUACACCACAGCAGCGAGCCAUGACUCCCGAGCCAUCUCAGUCGCCUGAGCCUACGCCUGCGCCUGCAUCGCCGCCGAGGAAUGGACGACAGACACCGCAGAAUAGAUCGCACACACCUAUCGAGUUUGAGCCUGUCCGACAGCAGCAGCCUGAGCCCAAGCCUGUUAAAGUUCAACGGCCAAGACCGACAGUCCAGAUUCCAGGACGCUCCAAUACCGACUUCUCACAUCCGCCACCACAGCUUAUUCGCACCAGCAAUGAUCUGCCUCGGAAUUCGAUAGCCAAGCCGCCUCUGGGUGGCGAGACCACCGCACAGCCAUUGCGCUCUAUCUUUCCAGCGUACAACCCCGAGGUACCACUGGGCCAGCAGAACUAUGUUCCCACAGAGAUCCAACCCGCUCAGGUCCCACGAGCUGUAAUCAGUCGCCAAACAUACCAUGAGACACCAGCUGGGUCGACUUCGAGAAACCCGCUCAUUCGAAGCCCAGUUAUCAGCCCCAUGAGCAUCCAGUCAACGCAGACUUCUUCAUGGCCUCAUAGAGUCGUGCAGCAACAGGAACCUCCGCUCAUACCAACAGUCAGUUCAAAUGACCAGAUCAAGAACUACUGGAAAGUUGCCAAUGGAUGGCAAGCAUCGGCAUCCGAAGGCAGAGUCUACUGCAUGAAGUUGGCGCAAGAGAAAGACGCCCCUGUCUACAGUCUCUCAUCUGCAUCACAACCCUUCUAUAACCUCCGCUUAGACCCCACAUCAGCUUCAGCAUAUGUCACUCUCACAAGACAUGACCCCAACAAGCCUUAUAAAGCCCCCAAGCCUGAAGCCAGCUCUUCUGCAAGCAGCAUGAUCAGCGGCGUUGUCGGCCACAAUAGCAAUGGCUCGGGCAGUAAAAUCACCGACACAAAGCAUUGGCAGGAAGCCCUCACUACAACUCUGGAAGAAGAGUCUCGGAGGCAUCCUCCCAAUGAUGGCCUCGUGGCACUUCUCAUGCCGACGCCUGCGACCAAGAUGGCCAUUGAGCGAUCACAAGAUCCCUCGUCGGUCAUGUUGGCGGAGAGAGAAUGCGCACGCCUCGUCUGGGACGAGGAUAGCUCACAUCACUUCCUCGUUCACCCUGCUCUCGCGACGCCUUUCUGCGUGACCAUCGAGCGUUCUCCCUCGUGGUCUCGUGUUGAGUAUACUCUCGAGCACAACGAGUCGCCUCAACACCUUGCCAAGCUCACCCGCGACGGCACCGGUGGUGGCUGGCUGGAGAUUGACACUGGCAUCGCCUCCAAGAUUGAGUCAUACUUCAUCGUCGACGUGGCUGUGACAGCGCUUCUCCUCGUUGCCUCAGCCGACGAGAAGAACACGCCAGCUGCCGAAGUCUUCGAGCCUCCACCACCGUUGAUCCUCACAGCCAAGCAAGAGAAGCGUCUUAGCAAGAUUGGCAAGCGCGAAGAAAAGAAAGAGAAGAAGAAGCGCACCAUGGAAUCUUUCGAGAUUGACGUUGAAAGUCAGGAUGAGAGCUUAGGCAAGACCAAGACAAAAGAGCCAGCGGACAAACUCCCCUUCUUGAUCCGCGUAAUUGUCAAGAUCAUAAAGGGCCUGUUCGCGUGCUUCAUCUGGAUAUUGACCAUAAGCUUCAAGUGCGUCGGCGUCGCAUUCAAGGGGUGCUACAAAUGCAUUGGAUCAAAGUAUUAA